AUGAUCGAACAGGGCUUUCGUAAGGUGGUGCCGGAGAGGUGGGAGUUCGCGAACGAGUUCUUCCGGAAGGGCCAGAAGCACCUCCUCUGCGAGAUCCAACUCCGCCUCCACCUCUUCUCCUUCCUCCCCUCUCCAUUUCCCUCCCCUCUUCGCGAUAGCGGAGGCACCGGCUCCGCCGACGCCGCGACGACGCUGAUGGCGGAGAACGAGACCGGCUCGCCUGCGGCGCGCCAGGAAGCGGCCGGUUUCGAUACGAUUGCGUCGGCUUUCGUAAGGUGGUGCCGGAGAGGUGGGAGUUCGCGAACGAGUUCUUCCGGAAGGGCCAGAAGCACCUCCUCUGCGAGAAGCAACGCGGCUCUGCUGUCGGAGCUGGCGCACAUGAAGCGGCUCUACAACGACAUCAUCUACUUCGUGCAGAACCACGUCCAACCCGUAGCCCCGAGCUUCACCGCAUCACCGCCGCCGCGGCCGCCGCCGCUGCGCCGCAGCCGGGAGCCCGAGCUCGCUGCC